AUGGAGCAGGCGCUGCAGCUGCCGAGACUCCACCUGCCCACGUUCGCGGUGCAGCCCAAGUUCCUGGACCCCAUCGACCCGCCCACGGUGCCGUUCCCGCCGCCGACAUGGUGCAUGCAUAAGCCCCCGAGGUCGAUUUCACUCCUGGACGUGUACAAGGAGCACGUGCUCAUUGCCACGCACACUGUGGACCAGAAGGCGUUUUACCUCAUUGGCCGCAACGCUGCGGUUUGUGAUAUUGUAUUGAGCCAUUGCUCCAUCUCAAGGCUGCAUGCUACGAUCGUGCAUCAUGAAAAGGGAGCCACGUACCUGGUGGACCUUGGAUCGGCUCACGGAACGUUCGUGGAUGGUUUGAGGCUCACCGCGCUGCAGCCGACCCUGGUGGUGCACGGAUCAGUGCUCAAGUUUGGGGGCUCCUCACGCACAUACACGUUCAAGUCAUUCGACUCGCGCGAGCAGAUUGCGGAGAUUAUCAGCAACCGCGUGGGGCUGCCGGCGGAUGAAUUGCGUCUACAGCAGAACACGAUGCUCAACUCGCAGAUCACGCACAGAUUGGAGCUUUCACCUUCCCGGAGGAGCCUGCCCCCGAUGUUCCCGAUGGCUCCCGUGGGGAACGUUCCGGAGCUUCACCUUCAGCCGCAGGCUCCGGACCAGGACGCGCUCAUGCUGCCUCCCGAGUGCGACCGAAGAGGCAGUGCCGAUGGCGUUCAGCUCAUUGGACUCGUGGGCAUCGGCCCCGUCAGGAAGCGCUCGCGUGGACAGUCAGGGAACUCACAGGCUUCUGGUUCGUCGGACCAGAGCGGCAGCACAGCAGACCUCAGCGUGUACCUGGACGACCCGGCAGACGAACAGCAGGGAGAGCCCAAGCGCGUUCACUUCUGUGGCCAGCCGCCAGAAAUCAUCCCGGACCCGCUGAACGACGCCGCAGGAAUGGAGGAGCCGACCGACAUUGAGACGGACGCCGUGCGUGUGCGCGAGGAGCUGCGAAGGACAGAGCUGGCCAACAGCGAUUGAAUCCUAUGCUGUGCCUCUGAGGGAGGCUUACAGGACCCCACAAACAGACCGAGUACGUGCAAACGCAAACGCUCGGAUACCUGUGACUUACCGAGGAAGGUGCAGCGUGUGAACAAGGGCGCACACAGGACGUCGACAGGUGGGCGAGAGACCUCAAUGCGCUCAAGUGUGUCAGUGGUGGGCGCAGAUUCGUGACCC